AUGAUGCUCAUCAAUGACUAUGCCAUAAUAGAACCGCGGCUUCAGUUACCUAACGUGUCCUGCAUGGCUGUUACAAUCUGUGAAGCCGACUUGAAAGGUUUACCAACCUUUCUUCGGAGCUGCCCGAAACUGAAGUACCUCAUCGUGGGGUUAGAUGUUUAUGAAGAAAUGCCUUCUGAGGAAAUUGAUCGUAUCACUUUUUCAUCUAUUGUUCCUGAAUGUCUGUUGUCAUCGCUCAAGUUUGUUGAUAUCAAGACCGACAUCUCGAGAUGUGCAGAAUGUGCUCCAGAAAUGAAGCUGGUAAAGUACUUCAUAGAGAAUGCUGCAAUCCUCAAGAAAGUCACUCUACAUGUGAACCAUAGUUCCGUAGACGAUGACAUUGACAUCGCCAAGGAGCUUCUCAAAAUCCCAAGACGCUCUGCCACCUGUUUUCAAAUUUGA